CCUCCCCCUCUCUCAUCGGUGGGAUGUCCCGGGUGUGUCUCCUGCUUACUCUGCUCACCCUCUGCGCCUACUCACAGGUCUCCUCGUCUAAAUCCCUCAAGCUGUUGAUGGAAGAAUGGAGCAGCUACAAGAAUGAGUGUAGCCACACCCUCCUCACCUCCCCUCCGGCCCCAGGGCCAGUGUGUAACAGGACCUUCGACCAGUACGCCUGCUGGCCAGAUGGUCCUCUAGGAGUCACAGUCAAUGUGUCCUGUCCUGCAUACCUGCCCUGGUACACAGCAGUCCAGCAUGGUCUGGUCUACAGGGUGUGUGGGCCGGAUGCUCGCUGGGGACCGAAGAACACCAGCGAGUGUGAGCAGGAUGAACAUGGACAGCAGCAGUAUGGUCGGAUCCUGCAGCAGUUCAGAGCCAUGUACACUCUGGGAUACUCUCUGUCUCUGGGCGCUCUGCUGCUAGCCCUGGCCACCCUCAUCUCCUUCAGGAAGCUCCACUGCAUGAGGAACAGCAUCCACAUGAACCUUUUCUCCUCCUUCAUCCUGCGCGCUCUCUCCAUCCUGGUCAAGGACGCGCUCCUGGCCACGCCCCCCCUCACGCUGGUCCCGCCCACCUCUACCUCCGCCGACCACCAGGUAGAGCGUUGGGUCAACGUGCAGGCGGUUGCUGGGUGCCGUGUCGCCAUGGUAAUGAUGCAGUACAGUGUGAUGGCCAACAACUAUUGGCUGCUGGUGGAAGGGCUCUAUCUGCACAUGCUCCUGGUCACCACCGUGUUCUCGGAGAAAGGACACCUUCCGAUUUACCUGGCCAUUGGCUGGGGUGCCCCUCUGGUAUUUGUGUUGCCGUGGGUGACGGUGAAAUACCUGUAUGAGAACGAGGGGUGCUGGGAGAGGAACAUCAACAUGGGGUAUUGGUGGAUCAUACGAUCUCCUAUACUGCUGGCCUACCUGAUCAAUUUCUUGAUCUUCAUCAGGAUCAUCAGGAUCCUGAUGUCCAAGCUGAGGGCCCAUCAGAUGAGGUACACGGACUACAAGUUCAGGCUGGCUAAGUCCACCCUGACCCUCAUCCCUCUGCUGGGGAUCCACGCCGUCCUCUUCACCUUCGUCAUAGACGAGUCUGUCCCCAAGGGCUCCAUGAUGCGCCUCAUACGCCUCUUCUACGACCUCCUCUUCAACUCCUUCCAGGGGCUGCUGGUUGCCAUUUUAUAUUGCUUUGUCAACAAGGAGGUCCAGUCAGAGGUGGUGAGGAGAUGGAGGAGAUGGAGGCUGGGGAAGGAUAUCGAGGAGGAGUACCGCCACACCCACAGCCACACGGCGCAGGCCAAAGGCAGCGGCGGCGGCCCCGGCAACGGGCCUGAUCUCCACGACGACCACUGCGCAGGGAGUGGUCCUGCCCCUAACCCCGCCGCUGAGGAGAACCAACGAUUGGUUGGUUCCGGUGCCUGUCAUAAUGGGACGGAGAAGAGCCGGGCCAGGGGGAGGUACGGCCUGCAGUGCCCCUCCCUCCCACCUGGAGGCGCCAGCAGCGGCAGCUCCGUGACUGAACACAUCUCCCUGGAGGAGAGGGCGCAGUGCUACACCCAGCCACCAGAGGAAGCAGAGAGCAACUUCUGAAACGGGGCGAUCACGGAUGAAUCGAUUUACUGUUGAUCGAUUCUGUUGAUCGCCUCACUGGCUUAUUGAUCGCCUCAAUGGCUUAUUGAUCGCCUCACUGGCUUAUUGAUCGCCUCACUGGCUGAUUGAUUGCCUCCUACUGAUGAGAGUUGCCGUCAAAUGACAAGGGUGGACAUGUGACAGAAUAAUACCCAAACUCAUCCACACACACACACACACACACACACACCAAAACAUUGUGAACACUGGGAAAAUAAAAAAAUGAACGGUACUGAGUUAGUGUAAAAAAAAAAGAAAAAAAAAAGAAGCUUGCUGACCUCACAUCCUGCCUGUGUGUUGACUUCCUGUUGCUACUGUGAGCUUGUGCCCUGUGACUGUGUGCAACUAUGGAACCUGCUGCUGUGGCUUUGAUUGUCCCCCUGCCAGCCACCGUACCUGCAUCCUCCCUGACUGUUGACAUUUGUAAAUGUGUAUCCAUGGUGACCUCAUACAAAGAAGUCACUGCUCUGUGUCAAAGUAUCUUCUGGUGGAUGUACACAUUCUCCCUCACACACAUACACACACAGACCUAAUAACACCUGAGACCUAAUUAACUUUCAUGAACUGCAUCCUGGGAACUGAAGUUCCAUUUGGUGAAUCUGUGGCGUGUUGAAGACCUGCUUCCUGUCUGUGGAUCAGGAAGUACGAAACCUGACAACAUGAAGACCUCAUGCAAUAUACCAGCUGUUACCUCUAGGGACACUGCAACAGUCCCUUCCUCCCUUCCUCCCUCACUACUCACCCUUCCCUCACCCUGUCAUUCGUCAGCUCUUAAAAGUUGUAGUCUCCAGAAGGCCAAUCAGUGGCUGUUCUCACUACACAAGCCGAUCAGGAAAUGUUGUCACCAAUGAGAAAGCCAAUCGUGUGUUCGAACUGUAAAUAUACCAGACCAAAAAAGAGGAUUAUCUUGUUGUUGUGUUUCCAGCCAACCCUGAGGAAGGAGAGUGAUUAAAGAGAUGAAUA